AUGGCGACUUGGACCCCAUUGACGGUGACUGUGGCGGGCGCCACCGGCAACCUUGGUCAACGCAUCAUCAAGAGGCUGUUGGCGGUUCCCAAUGUGUAUGUGCGCGGUUUUGCGCGCAGCCCUGAGAAGCUUCCUGAAUCCAUCAGCGGCCAUAAUCAGUUCACUGCUAUCAAGGGCCAGGUCAACGAUGUCUCUCAGGUUCGAGAGGCUGUUAAAGGCUCUUCUGUCGUGCUUUGCGCAUACCAAGGAUAUGAUGAUGUCAUGCUGCACGGCCAACGCAACCUUAUUGACGCUUGCGAGGAAUUCGGAGUCGCGCGUUAUGUUUCCUCCGACUUCACCCUGGACUACAACAAACUUGAGCUCGGUCAGCAUGAAGGAAAGGAUUGUAUGAUUCAAGUCAAGCAAUACCUGCAAGGCAAAAAGGUCAAGGGCGUCCACGUCUUGAUUGGCUGCUUUUUUGAAACUUGGCUCGGCUACAUGCACGUCUGGGAUCCCGAAACAAGGUCCUUCACCUUCUGGGGAGAUGGUAAUGAGAUCUGGGAAAUGACUACAUUUGAAGAUGCAGCUCGCUACGCCGUUGAGGUCGUUUUGGAUCCGACAACAGUGGGAACCAUUUGCUUCGGCGGUGACGUCAAGUCCACUCGCGAAAUCGCUCAAAUUUAUGAAACGGUGUACGGAUCGAAACCCACCUUGUCAAGCCGAGGAAGCUUGAGUCAGCUAUGGGACUAUAUGCAAGCCGAGAAGAAAAAGUAUGAGGGUCAGAACAAGUGGAACUAUAUGACUUGGUUUUACCAGUACUACAUCUUGAAUGGACAAACUUUAUGGGGUCGCCAAUUUGAUAAUGCGCGCUAUCCACAAAUCAAGCCUGAUAAUAUUGAGUCUUUCUUCAGAAAGAACGAUAUUUCUGAUAGGACUCAUAGACAGAUGCCUCUAUAG